UUGGAUAAGCUUUCGUAACCACGCGAGAAGCGCGUUGUUGAUCUAGAAGUUUCUUCUCUUUCUUCCUUCAUUCACGGCCAGUGUGAUCGUUGUAGUUAUAUUAUUUGUAUUACGGGUGUGCUGGAUCCGUAGUGUAACAAGCAAACAUAAACCAUGUCAGCAGUGGAGACCCGGCGGGACUUGGUGGAGCUGAGAAAUCUUCACACUUUGGCGGCGAGACCAGGAGUUCGACAGAUUCUUGCAGUUCAAAUAGAAAAGUUGGAGGCUGAACUUAACGACUUGAAUGCACAAGCCGACGUGAAAGAGAGUUCCGAUGUGUCAUCAAGAGUUUCGAGGGAAAGCUCUGCGUUCGACGUUAAAAUAACAAACUAUGCAUGGGACCAAUCAGAAAAGUUUGUGAAGUUCUAUGUCACAUUGCCUGGAGUCCACCUCAUACCGGCAGAGAAUGUCAAAACAGCUUUUGCAGAAAGAAAAAUGGAACUUCGGGUAUUGGCACUUGAGAACAAGAACCACAACCUGACAAUCACAAAUUUAAUGAAGGACAUCAUGCCUGCUGAUAGCUACCACAAAGUGAAAGCAGACACAGUUGUUGUGUUUUUGAGAAAAGCCGGCCCUGCAAGUUGGUCCCAUGUGACGGAACUAGAAAAGAGAGCCAAAGAAGCAAAGGCCCCAAAGCCAGACAUGGAGGAUUCUGAUCCAGGGGCAUCCCUCAUGAAUAUGAUGAAACAAAUGUAUAAUGAAGGAGAUGAUGAAAUGAAGCGGACAAUUGCGAAGGCCUGGACAGAAGCUAGGGACAAGCAGAACCCUGGUGGCGAUCUCGGAUUUUGACCAUCUAAAUCACUAAAUGGCUCUUGUUGUUGAAGGAGCAUCUUAGGACUGCUGUAUUGGCAUGUACAGGACAUGUAUUGGUUGUAAAUGUGCUUGCAUACGGUGACAAUAAAACUGCAUAUACCCUCUUGA